GAUUGGGCUAAUGAAGACGGGCAUUCCAAUAAAUACACGGGACCUCGGUUUUUCGUCACACCCGAAUGACUAGACAGCUGCACCACAGACACGUGGAAACCACGCCAGAAAUUGCCGAUGAUCGAACACGCUUUUGUCUGUACACCCCUUUGUCUGUGGUUUGGAGAUAGGGGCGCCUUCUCUACAUCGUGUGCGAUAUCACCUUCGGUGGAAGCGGACGUUAAACACUUUUCAUUUCAAAUAUAUUGACAACUAUGUUAUAAAUAGACUAUGACGACUGACAGUACUAUAAAUAGAACAUGAUACUAGUCACGUUGUCAGUAAACACGUAUAAACAUUGAACGUUUUCAGGUGAACUUAAAGAAAAGAAACCACACUGUAUUAACUAUACUAGUGUACAUUUGUUGCAUUGUUUUUGGAUUAUCGAUUAGGACUUUGAAUUAUGACGUCACGGGUUAAAGGUGCUCAACUGUGAAUAUUAGUAUAUUUUAACCUGUUACAGGUAAUUCGACAACAGGUAACUGAUAUAUAUAUAGGUUAGAUGUAUACAUAUGUGCGUGUGUACAUAAACAAUAUAAUGACAUUGAAGGUAUGAUAUGCUUAUAAAUACUAUACUAUAUUACAGGUAUAUCGACAACAUAUAAGCUAUAUGUAUGUAUAUAUGUAUGUAUGUAUAUAUGUAUGUACAUAAGCUAUAUGCAUGUAUAUAUGUGUAUAUUUACAUAAACAAUAUGACACUAUACCAGUUGAAGGUAUGAUAUGCUAUGAAUACUGUACUAUAUUAGUAUUAGUAAAAGUAGUAUCCGAUUUAAAAACCAUAAGGAAGUACCAAUUAUUCAACAGUGUGGAAGUAUCGGGUUUAUGAUAUAGUUUUUGAAAUAGCAGUUUUAAUAGAAUUCUCGGUGUAUACUCAUCAACAUUGUGAGGGUAUCGGCUUUAUGAUAUCGUUUAUGAAAUAGCGGUUUUAAUGGACUUUUCGUUGUGCAGUCAUCAACAAUGUGAGGGUAUCGGGUUUAUGAUAUGGUUUAUUAAAUAGAGGUUUUAAUAGAACAUUCGGUGUACAGUCAUCAAGAUAUUGUGUUUAUAUGUCGAUUGAUUAUUCAACAUGGCAUCCAUUGUUAAACAAGAUAUCAAGUUACCUGGUGAAUUUAAAGAUAGCUUAGCUUUUGGCUUAUACAACGUGCUUACACCGCAGGAAUGUAAAGAAUUUAUUGAUAAGACGGAAGAGAUGGGAUAUGAAGCUGCUCUAUUAAAUAUUGGAAGCGGCGUACAAAUUCUUGAAACAAGCGUAAGAAAUAACACUCGAUGUAUCUGGGAUUCCAUAGAACAAGCUGACGUACUCUGGGGUCGUGUUCAAAAAUAUGUCGCUUCUGAGUUCAAAGGUUAUCCAGUUUUAGGGUUAAACGAAAGAUUGAGAUUUUUAAGAUAUGAUCCAGGAGAAUAUUUUAAACCACAUUAUGACGGAAUUUAUGAACGAGAUAAUGGAGAAAAAAGUUUGAUAACUUUACAACUUUAUCUAAAUGAGGGUUUUAAAGGGGGCUCAACAACUUUUAUAUCUGAGACAACUGGUGAACGUGUGGAAUUUGUUCCUAAAACAGGAGCUGCAUUGAUUUUCCAACAUGAUAUUCUACACGAAGGUUCAUUGUUAGAAGAAGGUAGAAAAUAUGCGUGUAGAACAGAUAUUAUGUUCGGUAAAGAUAAAAUACACAUUGCCAGAUGAUGGCGAUGCUAACAUAAGUGACGAACUCUGCUGAUGAUGUGACAAAUUCGAUCGACGAUGUUUGCCGAUAUGAUAAAUUAUAUUGCCAUGCUCACCGAUGUGAUGAAUUCUAUAGACGAUGUUUACCGAUCAUGUGAUAAAUAAUAUUGACGAUGUCUACCGAUGUGAUGAAUUAUAUUCAUGAUGUGAUAAAUUAUAUUGUCGAUGCUUACCGAUGUGAUGAAUUCUAUAGACGACGUUUACCGAUGAUGUGAUAAAUUAAAUUGACGAUGUUUACCGAUGUGAUGAAUUAUAUUGACGACGUUUACCGAUGUAAUGAAUUGUAUAGACGAUGUUUACCGAUAUGAUGAAUUAUAUUCAUGAUUCUUACUGAUGUGAUGAAUUAUAUGGAUGAUGUUUACCGAUUUGAUGAAUUCUUUUCACGAUGUUUACCGAUAUAAUGAAUUCUAUUCACGAUGUUUACCGAUGUGAUAAAUUUUAUGGACGAUGUUUACCGAUGUGAUACAUUAUAUGGAUGAUGUUUACCGAUGUGAUGAAUUAUAUUCGCGAUGUUUCCCGAUGUAAUGAAUUCUAUGCACGGUGUUUACCAAUGUGGUGGAGUCUAUUGACGAUGUUUAUCGAUGUAAAAAAUUAUAUGGACGAUGAUAAAUUAUAUAGACGAUGUUUACCGAUGUGAUGAAUUAUAUUCGCGAUGUUUCCCGAUGUAAUGAAUUCUAUUGACGAUGUUUACCAACGUGGUGGAUUCUAUUGACGAUGUUUACCGAUGUGAUGGAUUCACGAUGCUUACUGAUGUGAUAAAUUAUCUUCACGGUUGCUAUGGACGUCAUAGGCAAUAUGUAUUCUUUCGACAACGAUUACUUUACGUAUUAGUAAUUUUUGACGAAAUGUAAUCACAUUUUCGAUGAUUCAAAACCGAAAAGUUUCUAAUCACGAUUGUAACACAGCAUUUAUGUUACCCAAAUUCAGGUUAUUUUAAUAGUUUAAAAGCACCAACUUUUCCAUUAAUUGAUUAUAUACAUUAUCUUGGAGUGUUUCUAAGUUUCACCAUACAGUCAACAAAAUGUAAUACCACGCUAUCUACGGGGCAUGGCUAACGAAGGUGAUAAUUGAAAAUAUCAUUAAGAAAAUCAAAAUCCGUUAAUUGGAUGAGUUUGACGAACGGCUGAUUUCAUGCACAUUUAAUGGAUUUUGAAGUGCAAAGCGAUUCGUUCAAGCAAUUCGGUGCCACCCUUUUUUCAUCGUAUAAUCUAACUUAGCUGAACAACUGUCGAUUUUUAUCCAAUUUGGCUGCACUGUUAUGACAUCAAUCAAUACUCGUAAAUGGCAAGUAAAAAAACUAUUAAUAAACCGCCUAGAAAUAUCAGAAAUCUACUCCAAUUAUCAUUAUAAUGUGUAUGCAUAUAUUAUAUUAUUAAGAGUUUAUAUUUUACAAUGUUCAAUAAAAGCUAUUAUAUAGAUGUAAUGA